AGUGUUGUUAGCUGACUAAAAACAGUAUCACUUUACAACACUAACGCGCAUUCGAAAAAAAACGGGACGCCGAACAAAAUAGACGCCAUGCAAAAACUAACAUUACAGCAAGUACAUGCCUUGCGCAAGGCACAGGAAGAUUUAAUUUUUAGCAAAGCCAUCUACCUGGAAUUUUACCCAAAAAUGGCCAAACAUGCCUACACAACGGAGCUCAAUAAUUUGAUACGCGGCGAUUUCAGCCGUGUUGAAGUGGAGCUGAACAUACCCAAAUUGCCGCCACAGCACAAAGAGCAGGAAGAAUACACACCCAUGCUACAGCUGGACAAAUUAAUGGAAUACUACGAUGCAACCGUUGAUGGCAUAUCCCUAUUGCAAGCGUGAUCCGAUCUACCACGACUAUUAUUCAGCCAGUAGGCAUGUAAAAUGCGUUGAAUAUGCUGCAGGCACUCGAAAGGAGGUGACAGGCUCUGUAAAAUAUCAAACUUGAUCAAGUUAUCCGUAUAUUCCAAUACGCAGGACUCACAUUGAAUAGCGGUAUAAUGGGCCGCUCUUUAAACAUGCUGCCCUUUGUGCGCAGUAUUAGCAUAUACUUUAUAUCUAGCUGUAAGUUAAGUAAAGCCUUUGAAUAAAUCUAAGAAAUAGGGUAACGCAA